GGAGGGGGGGAAGAGAUCUGGAUUUUUUUUCUCCCCUCCCUUAAGCAAAGCCACAAUGGAAACCAGGAAGGAGAUGGUGAUGUUUCUGGAGGGGACUACUCUUGGCGCUCUAGUUGGCAAGAGGGUGCCUAAUUUGUCCGAAGCAGUGGGGAGCCCCGCUGCGGAGCCGCAGGAGAAGAUGAUCCAUCGGAACUGCAUCAGCCCCAGACCUGGCCCCUUGUCGUCCCGGGAGAGAGGAGGAGGAGGAGGUGGCGGAGGAGAAGACGAAGAGGAGGUGGAGGUGCUGCCAGGGACAGGGACGGUGGCGGAGAGCCGCUCGGCGGCGGCAGCACUGCUUUCGGCCGGACAGCAGCCCCCCGUCCCGGAACUCCCCUCCAGCAAAGGGCAGCAGAGCAGCUCGGACACCGAGUCGGAUUUCUAUGAGGAAAUCGAGGUGAGCUGCACCCCGGACUGCGCCACGGGGAGCGCCGAGUACCAGCACAGCAAAGGGCCGUGCUCCGAGGCGUUGGCCGGCAGCCCCAGCGGCGGGGGGGAUCACCCCAAGGGCAGCGGAGGCAGCGGCGGCUCCCAGGGCUCGCUGGCCUGCAGCGCCAGCGACCAAAUGCGCCGCUACCGCACCGCCUUCACCCGCGAGCAGAUCGCCCGGCUGGAGAAGGAGUUUUACCGGGAGAAUUACGUGUCCAGGCCCCGGAGAUGCGAGCUGGCGGCUGCUCUAAAUCUGCCAGAAACCACCAUCAAGGUUUGGUUCCAGAACCGCAGGAUGAAGGACAAGCGGCAGCGUCUGGCCAUGACCUGGCCUCAUCCGGCCGACCCGGCGUUUUAUACGUACAUGAUGAGCCACGCGGCAGCCACCGGGAACCUGCCGUAUCCAUUCCCGUCCCACCUGCCCCUGCCCUACUACUCCCACAUGGGCAUCGGCGCCACAUCGGCCUCUGCCGCCACCCCCUUCAGUACCCCCCUGAGGCCUCUGGACACCUUCAGGGUCCUGUCCCACCCGUACCCGAGACCAGAACUGCUGUGCGCCUUCAGACAUCCCUCUCUCUACCCUGCCCCAACUCAUGGACUCAGCAGCGCCGGGGGCAACCCCUGCUCCUGCCUGGCAUGCCACAGCGGCCAGUCCAACGGGCUGGCGCAGAGACCCUCCGGAUCAGACUUUACCUGUUCGGCCACAACCAGGACUGACUCCUUUCUCACUUUCACGCCCUCUGUGCUGAGCAAAGCCACCUCAGUUUCCAUGGACCAGAGAGAAGAAGUACCUUUAACGAGAUAAACCUUUGUCUCAGGGUCAUUAAAUACUCAUCCCUUUCUCGGACUUCUCUUCGAGUUAAUGUACCUACAGCCCAUGUUUAUUUAAUCUUAAUAGCCC